CGGCCAUGACUUGUAUCUAUCCCGAAUGCGUUUCGACAUGACCCUUUUGCUGCGACUUCGGUUUCUAGCUCGGCAGGUCCCUGGAUUCUCAAGGCCAUACUAUCUUGUACCCCCAUUUACGCGUAUUCGACAUUGAUAUCGUCACCGGUGGCAAAUCAAGCGUUCCAUUUGCCACGAAUGUACAUGGAUAGAGAGGUCACAGUCCCAACACUCAGCUUUGUCUUCCGAGGCGAUGAACUGUAUCAACCUGGGAUGACACUCAAUCUCGAAUUCCAAGCUCUCGAAUCUGCGGAGUACAAAGAUCUAUCUGCCACGGUGGUCAAACCCUUCGAGCCUUUCACAUCUUCCGUUGUCCUGCUAGUUCAGCGGCUCUCCGACAACCAACCGUUCAUUUUAAAGCUAGCCGAUCGCAGGCUGGGUUAUCGCAGCAGCAACGACGACGACGCGGAGACGAUGCCAUGAACAUCCACCAUCGACGAUCACCUACGAUGUGCCGUCCGUGAUAUUCAGGCAGGCGUAAAGCCUAACUGGUUCCAGCUCAUACAGGAUUUUGACAACCGGCCUGACAUUGAGCUUUAGGAAGAUUGGAUGUGGGAGGUCUGCACUUUGUUUGGGAAGGUGUCUAGCUACGACACAGAACUUGCUGCGUAUUGGCUUUUGCAUGGACUCCAAGGCCGAUAGAUCCCGCGUCUUUUUGGUGUUGUUCGUCUUCAUAUUACCCCCGACUCUAUUCCUCUUCAUCUCAUCACCG